CUGACCCCGUUUCUUUCUAUCAACCGUCGAAACACAUGCGCGAAUAUCUCUCUAUUACCCAUCACUUUCACAACAAAACCCUUUUCACUUUUUCUCACUCUUUUCAAUAAACCGUAACCGUCAUGGAACCAGAACAACAACCACCAACCCUCACGGCGUUGCACGACGGAAGCGGCGACGAAGGUUUAGCCGCAUUAGGCGAAGGCGGCGAAGGAAGUAGCGGCAGCAAAGUGAAAGGUCCUUGGUCUCCUGAAGAAGACGCCAUUCUCAGUCGUCUUGUUAGUCAGUUCGGUGCUAGAAACUGGAGUUUGAUUGCUCGUGGAAUUGCUGGAAGAUCGGGAAAGUCGUGCCGGUUGCGAUGGUGUAAUCAACUUGAUCCUUCUGUUAAACGGAAACCCUUUACUGAUGAGGAAGACCGGAUCAUAGUUGCUGCUCAUGCAAUCCAUGGAAACAAAUGGGCAGCCAUUGCUAGGCUUCUGCCAGGAAGAACAGAUAAUGCCAUUAAGAACCACUGGAAUUCUACUCUGAGGCGUCGGGGAAUUGGGGGAGUUGAACAUGAUAAUACUAAGUUAGAAUCUGGUAACAUGGGGGGAAAUAUUAGCUUGGAGAAAGCCAAAGCAUCAUCUGAAGAAACUCUAUCAUGUGGAGAUGUUAAUUCUUUGAAAUCCUCAGAAGGAAGAGAUGUUAGUUCUAUGGAGAAUGUGGAUGAUAAAAAUGAAGACAAAGCAAGGACUGAUGUUCAAUUAUACCAUGAAGUCAGGGAUCCACCAACCCUUUUUAAACCAGUAGCACGUGUAAGUGCUUUUAACGCGUAUAACGCUUUCAAUGGUUCACAGCCUUCAACAUCAGUUCCAAGACCUGUUCCAAUGCAAGGACCUAUUUUACAUUCACCAAAAUCAGAUGUGGAAAUUUGUAAAAUGCUUAACGGAACUAUUGUCGACCGUUCAGUGCCUAAUCAGUGUGGUCAUGGAUGCUGUUCAUCUCUAAAUGGUAACAGCUCCAAAAGCUCUUUGUUGGGACCAGACUUCAUUGAAUAUUCAGAACCUCAAUCUUUCACUAGUUUUGAGUUGGCUGCAAUAGCUACAGACAUUAGUAACCUUGCUUGGCUUAAAAGUGGAUUGGAGAACAGUAGUGUCAAAAUGAUGGGUGAUACUGCCGGCAGGGUUAAUAUCUAAUGGAUCAUGAUUACAUACCGGCCAUGGUAAUGCCAAAAAAAUUACAAAUCUUAAUGGGACUAGAUGGAUGUGCAUAAAGACUAUACUGAUGUCAACCUUAGUAGCAAACAAAUUCGUAGGGAUUGAAGAAUCGUUGUAAUAAUGAAUAUGAAUUCGGGCAUUGACUGAGUAGUGAUUAGAACUUAUAUAAUUGCUCCCUCCAUAAUUAUAAGACUCGUUUGGAACAUUUGUCCGUCUCUAAAUACAAGUCUUUUAGCAAAUUUAUAA